UGGCAGCUGUCGUGGCUCAGCCCUCUCAGCAUCCUACGGGUCGAAACACAUCCGGGGCUGCUGAUGGAGGUCGACGGUCAGCACCUGCGAUGUUGUAGCCGACGAUGUAUGUAUAAAGUAUCUUGGUGGGCGGCUUCGUUUGAUCCUCAUCUCAGUAUCUCCUUGCCUGCAACGCAGAAAACCAUACUUUCUCAUCUCUUGUUGUCCUUUUCCUGUCUCCUUAUUUCCUUAUUGUCCAGCUCUUUCGCUACUUCAACAAUCUAAUCAUCAUAAUGAAAAUGGUCACCGUCACCAAGACUCUCGUUGCAGCUAUCGCUGUCUCCGCCGCCCAGGCCCGUCCUCAAGCCGCCACGACUCUUGCGACCACGGCAACUCCCAGCAGCGCUGUUUCUACUCCUGCGAUUGCUGCCCCUAGCCCGGAUCCCGAGGCCCAGGCUGCUUUGUUUCGUGACCUCUUCACUGCCCCUUCGGCUAUCAAGCGGUUCCAGCGUCUCCUUACUAUGAAGGGACAGGAGCUGCUCUCUGGCGAUGCCCUCAGGAACAUGAUCGUCUUUGACUUCAACAACGCAACCCCAGCCAAGGGUGCCCUAGGCGGAGCUACCAAGGCUGCCAACAUUGAGACCUUUCCUAUCCUUACUGGUCUGGGGAUCUCGACCACACUCGGCUUCCUUGACGCAUGUGGCAUCAACACUCCCCAUGUGCACCCCCGCGCUACGGAGUUUCUUACAGUAGUCGAGGGCGAGAUCGACUUCGGCUACAUCCUCGAGAACGGCCUUGUCGCAGCAGGCAAGAACGCCGAAGUCGCCGGCACGCUCUCCAAGUUCCAGGGGACUGUCUUCCCUCAGGGCGCCAUCCAUUACCAGAUCAACAACCAGUGCAACCCUGCCAAAUUUGUUGCCACUCUUGACAACGAGGAUGCCGGGACGUUGCAAAUGGCCCAGGCUUUCCUUGGCCUUAACGCGGAUGUCGUCAAUGCUACGCUCGGCUUCCCCAAGGAGAUCAACGGACAGAACAUCCAGGAGUUCCGCAAGUACCUCCCCGUAAACAUCGCCCAGAGCGUCGACAUCUGCUUGAAGAAGUGCGGCUACACGGGCGCGCCUACCGCUGCUGGGUACUCGGCCGGUACUCCCUCAGCCACCCCUAGCAGCUACUACUCGUAAGCUGAUGAACAUCCAGUUGGGCUUAGAAAAGAUAGUGCAUAGCGCCGGUUCUUGAUAGACUCUUUGAUUUUGCAUAGCUUAGGUGUUGGAUAGGAUUUUGUUUUUCCCCAGUAAAUUAUGCACACUCUUUAGAGAUAAUAAUAACGAAACUGCAACGUGCC